GCUUCUCUGAUGUUGGUCAUUGGAAUCACCUGAUUCUCCGAUUCGGCAGACUCUUCUUAUGUUUUGAACUUGUGUCUUUUCCCUUCAUAUUCGAUCUAUGAAACCCUUGUAUUUUGAUAUGUUUACUAGUACCUUUAUUUUUCUUUCCGCCUGAGAUUAAUAUUUGGGCGUGUCGGUGGAAAAGCCAAGCCUUUGAAGAAACCCAAGUCUGAUCAGAAAUGAGUAGCUCGAGCAGAGAUGGAAAUGAAUCAGUGGAGACACAAGGCUCGGCUGCACGACAAGAAUGAGAAAAUAAUUGAGAGGAUUUUAAUGCUUCACAUUCACAUUUUCAUUUCAAAAGCUACCCAAUGAAACUUUUAAAAUUUCACGUUUCAGUUGGGUUGAGAACUCUUUAAAAGAUACAUUUACUCUUAUAAAAUUAUUUCAAAUAGUUUUUCACAUUUCACAAGUAAAAAAGUAUUUUAAGAUGUGAAAAGUUAAUUGCUCAAAUGGCGCCUAAGUCCAGGGGUGCUCGUACAUGAAAAUUGAAAUAAUUAACAAUAUUAUUAGGGUGUUUUGGAGAACCCCCGUGCUCUGAUGAAAAACCCAGCAAUCCUCCCUUUCUCCCCUAUCAUAUAUUUCGAUUUUUCGAUAGAAAAAGAGAAAAGAAAAGUCAAACUUCGCAUGAACUAUGGACACUCCCUCGCUCUCCAGUCUUCAGAAGAAAGUGGUUAACCGAGGAGCGAAAAGUAGUUUGCAAUAUUAUCAAGAGCUUUGUUUUCUUUUUCUUUUUAUAUUUCGCCAGCAGCGGACUUGGAUAACAUCAGCAGACGGAACAAAACAGUUCCGGCAAAACAAGAUUCAGACAAAGCAAGAAAAUCAGAGAAAAGGGAACAGCGACAUCCAAAGCAAGAGCACCAGAGCAAAUUAGCCAACGCCACAUGUAGCCUCAGCAGUCCAACUACCAUCUGAAUCCAUUGCAUCCUUCGCCGGUUUGAGAUCUCAGAUACUUGCAGGAAGGGCAACUGGUGUGCAGACUGAAGUCUGAACCAACAUCUAAGCCCCGUUUGGUUCACAUGUCAAUUCCAUUUUGAGGGGCCAGAGAGAAAGGGGAUAGAUGGUUUUGAACAAUCCGUUCCUCUCCUUCAGAUUUGCACUUUUCCUCUCAUUUUCCCUUACAGCUUCGUCGUCGGCGCCUCUAUUCUUGUCCAAACUUUCUUCCCCAUCUACCCCUAGAGCCACUCCCUCUGACUUGCUUUCUGUGUUAGGUUCCAAGUCUGAAUCCUUAAACGUCAAUCCUGUCGUAGCGCGAGAACUCAGGUCCUGCUUCAAAUUCCUCGUUCCCUUUUCUCCAAAUUGUGUAAGAUUGAAUCAUAAUCAGCGUUCUCCUCGACGGACAUUGGCUUUGACGAAAUCCACUGUCCGGAGUCAAAGAGAGGAAAACGAGCUAAUUUGGCGGCCUCCGGAGCCGGUUUUGGAGCUCGCACGUCUCGCCGUCGAUUCUGGGGGUGACCCAGCGGCUAUUCAACGCCUUCUCGAUCCAACCAUAAUUCCUGUUCCUGAUAUUGAAGGAUCAAAAGAAAGCCGAUGUGAGCUCACUAGAACACCAUAUGGCAGACGCUUUAUUAGUGAGGAAGUGAACUGGUAUCUAAAAUUUCUGUUUGAUGUCAUUGCUGAUCGGGGUCCACCUAUUGGAUUGAAUGUAACAUUGAACCGUUUUGAUCUAUUCCACGGUCACCUAUUUCUAGCUGUAGAUUCUGGAAGGCUUGGUAUCUUAUUCCACGCUAAGGAAUAUCCAGAAUAUGAUAAAGAAGUUUUCCCAUACAAUAUGGGAUUUUGUCAGCGAGGGUCCAAAGUGAAAUAUGAUGACUCAAUGAACCUGCGCAAUAUUCUCUGGCUGGCUCCAUUGCCUCACAAUCCCACCAAAUCUUGGGCGGCGCCAGGUGUUUUAGUGGUGCUGGAUGCGCGGCCUGAUGGAAUCAUAUACAAAGAUCUAAUUCCUGAUUAUGUACAUUUUGCACGGACCAUAUAUGAAGAUGAUCUUGGAGAUGUUGCUGUGGAUGUGAACUACUUGUACGUUGGAUCUGAACCUCUGAAUUAUCAAAUUUUCAUAUGCUGAUACUCAAUUUUUUUUUUUUUAAAUUGCCUCCGUCCUCUCCAUACCGAUUACCUACGAAAUAAUAAAUUAAUGUUCUUAUCUGAGGCAAA